UAUAACGAGACAGAGACCACAGCUAGAAGACAAACGUCCUCACAGGAGCCAGCCAGUAUAUAAGGGAGCAACCCGGUGGCCACCACUUGAUCAAGGAGACAUUCAGCAUUCACUUUGUGUCGUUGAGUGGCCAGUGAUCACUUGUGCUUCAGGUUAGUAGUUAGCAUGGGGAGAUCUCCUUGCUGCGAUGAGAGCGGCCUCAAGAAGGGCCCGUGGACGCCGGAGGAGGACGAGAAGCUGCUGCAGUACAUCCAGAAAAACGGCCAUGGCAGCUGGAGGACCCUCCCAAGGCUUGCUGGGCUGAACAGAUGCGGCAAGAGCUGCCGGCUGCGGUGGACCAACUACCUGCGGCCGGACAUCAAGCGGGGCAAGUUCUCGCAGGAGGAGGAGCAGACCAUCCUCCACCUGCACUCCAUCCUCGGCAACAAGUGGUCGGCGAUCGCGGCACACCUGCCCGGCCGGACGGACAACGAGAUCAAGAACUUCUGGAACACGCACCUCAAGAAGCGGCUCAUCCAGAUGGGCUUCGACCCCAUGACGCACCGCCCGCGGACCGACUUCUUCGCGGCGCUGCCACAGCUCAUCGCGCUAGCCAGCCUCCGUGGACAGCUUGAGCUCGGUGCCGAUCCGGCGGCCGCGGCGCAGAUGCAGGCCGGCGCCGACGUCGACGUGGCCAUCCAGGCCGCCAAACUCCAGUACCUGCAGUGCCUCCUCCAGUCCGCGGCCACCACCAUCGCCUCGACCGGCGGCGGCUCCGCGCCCGACGCCGAGGCGGCAGCUCUCGGCUCCGUCUGCUCGCCGCAGGGGACGCAUGGUGCUAGCACCGUCCCGGUGUCUGGGGCCGGUGACCACAUGCCAUGCACGUUCUCCGAGGCGCUGUUGACUGUGAGCAACGAAGCCAAUCAAGGGGCCCUCAGCAGUGGCGCUGAUGAUGAUGUGUUCGCGUGCCACGGUGGUGGCUCGCUGCCGCCCCUCUCCGACGCCGCGAACCCGGCGGACGGGUGCAGCGCCACGGCGUCGUCCAGCUUCGGUGGCAGAGCGAGCAGCCCGCUCCCCUGGCCGGAGUUCUUCCCCGACGACCCCUUCAUCACUGAUUUCCUAUGACGUCAUUAUACAUCAUACUACUAUAUGCUUGUACAAGUACCUUCGAUAAAUACGCUGAUCUACGUAUCUCCCUCUGAAUUUUGUAAUACACAUAUACCCUCCCUCCUAAUACAUACGUCCACAUCUUUCAGUGAUGGGCGAAUAGGUAAUUUCCAUUGAGCACCAUUGGGCAGGCGCCCCAUGUAGGGAAAUACAACUCCUUAUGUCCUUGCACAUAUACGGUUUAUCUCGAUCGU